GGUCGUCGCGCUGCCGGCCGGCAUUCCACCAGAUGGAGUCCCCUGCGGUAAGUCGCGGAAGAGGAAUCUCGAAUUCCAGUCCAUGGCGCAGGUCGGUCGGUCGCGCGGAUCAAAUUGGCCAGUCUAUGGGGAUGAACAGGAGUCGCGACUAAGAACUAAGAGGAAACGACAAAAGCGUUGAAUCUGCUGUGCCGUUCGAGAGGGUUAUGUCAUUGCCUCGUCUCCUUCGGAAGAAACGAUGCUUGGAGUGCGAAAAAAAAGCGUUUUUUCUUCUUUCGUUCCACCAGUUUCAAAGAAGGGAAGGCAAAGAAUUCCAGGUGAGCUUUUGACAAACAUCUACAGGGAUUAGUAAGCAAGAUUUCAUCCAUCCGGGUGGAAGAAGAAAAGGAGGAGACGCGGAGGACGAGAAGGGAAACUGGAUAAUUGGUGGCAGUGGAACAAGUAACUCUGGUAUCAGAUUUUUCCGAGGAUGAGUUUACAGGAUAGCAACGGCAGGCACAGGCUCCAGGAUGACUACAUAAUUGGUCCAGUUUUGGGGUAUGGAGGAUUCUCGGUGGUGAGGAAGGGAGUUCACAAGGAAAAUGGUACUGAAGUUGCCAUAAAGACUUUGAGGAAGCAAGGCUUUGGCUAUGGUGACAAGAAGAAUGGUGGAAGGCCUUUGGCAGGGGCUACUAAGCGAGGCAGGGGUUCUAGAGGCAGGAAGAGCACGGCAGGGCCAACGCAGGACAGCUUAAUUUCCGAGGCACUGGUCGCGAAUGAGAUCAUAGUAAUGCAAAGGAUAGUGGAGAAUGUGUCACCGCAUCCAAACAUCGUCCACUUACACGACGUUUACGAGGACGAAGCAGGCGUGCAUUUGGUGCUGGAGCUUUGCUCCGGAGGGGAGCUGUUUGACAGGAUAGUUGCUCAAGAGAAGUACUCGGAAGCUCAGGCGGCUAAAGUUGUCAAGGAGCUCGCAACUGGAUUGUGUAGCCUUCAUGAUGCUGGGAUAGUCCACAGGGACCUCAAGCCGGAGAAUUGCCUCUUCCUGACCCCGGAAGAGGAUAACCAUCUUAAGAUCAUGGACUUUGGUUUGAGCCAGAUUGAUGGAGCAACGAGUCCGAUCGUUGGAAUGUUUGGAUCAGUUGACUACGUUGCUCCAGAGACUUUAUCGCAUCGAGACGUGCUUCCUGCGAGUGAUAUGUGGUCCUUGGGGGUGAUUCUCUACAUCCUUCUGUGCGGGUAUCCACCAUUUCAUGGAACAAGUAACAAAGAGAAGCUGGACCUCAUUCUUGCGGGUGAUGUGAAUUUUGAAGAGUACACUUGGAAAACUAUUUCCAGCCAUGCCAAGCAGCUCAUACGUGACUUACUGGCUGUCGAUCCGCAUCGAAGGCCGUCAGCCAAGGCGCUGGUUUCAGAUCCAUGGGUGCGAGGAGACAUUGCAAAGCAAGACCGUCUACCCGAAGAAGUCAUACGCCAGCUACACUUCUUCAAUGCUCGUCGAAAGUUUCGAGCAGCAGCUUUUGCUAGCAUCGUCAGCAACAAGUUCUUACACCUUACCAAGAACUUGAAGAGCCUGGUCGGUUCACGGUCUCUCAGCGGCGACGAGCUCCAGGAUCUCGUCAGCCACUUCAAAAAGCUCUCCACAAACGGCGUGGACGUCGCACUGGGUGAAUUCGAAGCGGUUCUGGAGGCAAUGAAGAUGAGGUCCUUGCUUCCUCUGGCACCUCGCAUUUUCGACCUGUUCGAUCACAACAGGGACGGCGCGGUCGACAUGCGUGAGAUCGUCUGCGGCUUCACGUCACUCAAGCAGUCUCACGGGGACGAAGCUCUCAAACUCUGCUUUCAAAUGUAUGACUCGGACGGCUCUGGCUACAUUUCCAAAGACGAACUGGCAUCGAUGUUGAGAGCUCUUCCGGAAGAAUGCUUGCCGGGAGACAUCACCGAGCCAGGGAAGCUGGACGAGAUGUUUGAUCGAAUGGAUGCUAACAGCGAUGGUCGGGUAAGCUUUGACGAGUUCAAGGACGCAAUCCAGAUGAACAGCUUCCUAAGGGAGGCCGUGCUCUUUCCUUUGCGUGCGUAGAAGAAAUCAUAUCUCUUUGCGAGAGAUUUUUAUAUCCUGCAGCUUUUUGUGAAGAUCCCACUCAAUAUAAAAUACCGAGUGAAAAGCUCUCCUUUAAAAUCU